AUGGAAGAAGAUAUCAUUAGGAGUUAUGACAGUCUUCUUUGUCCCGUCUGUCUGAGUGUGUUCACUAAACCUGUGUCGAUUCCCUGUGGACACAACUUCUGUUUGGACUGUAUCACAAAGUACUGGAGCUAUCAGUCUGUACUCCAAUGUCCGCUGUGCAAAGAGACGUUUUACACCAGGCCAUUGCUUCGGGUUAACCCUGUCAUUGCUGAAAUGGCUGAAAAGUUAAAAAAAUCUCAUGAAAUGAGUUCAGCUGAAGAAACAAGAAAUGAAGGCGUGCUCUGCAGCAUGUGUGCAGGGUCAAAGGUCAGAGCCCUGAAGUCCUGUUUAACGUGUUUACUGUCCUACUGUCAAACACAUCUGGAGCCUCAUCAGAGGAUUUUGACUUUGAAGAAACACAAGCUGAUCGAUCCAGUUAAGAACCUGGAGAGCAGAAUAUGUCAGGAUCACGGUGAACCUUUGGAGCUGAUCUGCAGACUGGAUCAAGUGUUUCUGUGUCAGUCCUGUAAAUGCAGUGACCAUAAAACACAUGAAACAGUGAGUCUGGAGGACGAGGCUGAAAUGAGGAAAACCCAGCUGAGAUCAGAAAAUAACAGCAUGGAUCAGAUGAUCCAGGAGCGUGAGCAGAAAAUCCAGGAGCUCCACCAGUCAGUGAAGACCAGCAGAAGAAAAGCUGAGGAGGCGUUAUCGUGCAGCAGGAAGGUGAUGACCGCUUUGGUGCAGCACAUAAAGACAGAGUUCACCAGACUGUCUGAGGCGAUCGAGACGAAGCAGAAAAUAAAUGAGACGGAGGCAGAAAGCUUUAUUGAUGAGCUGCAGGGAGAGAUUACACACAUGAAGAAGAAGAAGCUGCAGCUUCAUGAAGCUUCGCUCAUCACAGACCCCUUCAGCUUCCUGGAGAACGUCCUCCCUCUUACCUACAAUAAACCCCAGCUGCAGGACUGGUCUGCUGUGACUGUAACCAGUGACCAGUUUAUGAUUCAGGAGACCCUGGCCGAGCUGGAGACAAAAGUCAGAGAAGAAGUCAGCACGCUUUGUGAUAUAAACUUCAGAGAUGGGAAAGAACAAAGGUAUGAUCUGAAUGUUUCAAUGGCUUGGUCCAGAUAUGGGUUCUCCUUGAAACACGGCGAGGUCACUCAAUCAAAAUCAGUCAGUGUCUCCAACUCGACACCCCUUUUUGUACAUGCACUUCUGUUUGUUCAGUAA